GACCUGUACAUCUUGAUUUCAUGUCAGGAAAAGGAGGAAUGCUAUGAGCAGGUUUUCCCGGGCAUGCAUCCCAGCACCAGGGGCAAAGCCACACCUCUUGUUCCUGCCCAGCAAUACGCAAAGGUUUAAGCGGGAAGUCCAGCCCUUAAAAGCCUCCUUCUACAGCAGCUAACCUCUGCCUCCAACAAACACACACCCUCUUUCAGACUUUCAGCCCUGACUGGACUUUUUGUAAUCGUCUGUAUUUUAUUCUACCAGCUUUAACAGGAUGACAGCCACCAAAUCAUCACACAAGAUGCGCAAUAUUGUCAUCGCUAUUCUAGCACUUUGGUCGAUCAUUUCGCUCAUCAUCAUAGUGGUAUGGGCCACCUCGCCUGACUUGAAGGGGGCCAGCGAGUGUAAUGCCAGUCUGAAGAACCUCAAGGAGAAGUAUGCUGAUGAAAAAAACACAUGGAACAAUGACCGACAUGCUUUGGAGGAGCUGGUAAGGCAGGGGCGCACCAACCAGAGCCUGUUGCUGACUCGCAUAGACCAGCUUAAAGACCAACUGAGACUCCUCAAUCAGUCCCUGGACUCUUGUCUGCAUCACAGUGAAAUGCUGAAGGACAACAUCACUGUGUUGAAGCAUGAGAUCGAGCUGCACAAAGCCAUUGAGGCCAACCUAACUGCAAAUAUUACACUGCAGGAAGAAAUGAUUGAACUACUGCAGCAUAAUCUGACCCAGAAUGCCAUUAGCUUGGACUCGUGCACAAGUAUGCAGAAGGCUGCUCAUAAUCUUCAAACUGCAGCUGAGAAGAAAACUGAGGGCUGCCAGUCCAGCAAGCAGUUCUUACAGAAGCAGCUAGAAAAGUGCAAAGUCACAACCCAGACUUCACCUGAAAAUGAUGGACCUCCUGGACCAAAAAGUGCUGUUUUCCUGGUCGGGCUCUUGUCCAUCAGCAUCCUUUUAAUACCAUAGCGGAGCUAACCAGAAAGCUUGAAUAAAAUAAUUGGAUACAUAUUUCAGUACAACACUGUUUCAAGACACCCGAACAACAUGUGCAGUUAACCUGGACUUGAAGCACAUGUUACUUUUGUAUGGAAAAGCACUGCUGUAAAACAAACAGGAACAUUCUGUUCACAUAAGGAUAUUCCUGCAAGCCUUAUUUACCCUUAAGGAGAAUAUAAUGGUUUAUUUUUUGUUUUGUUCCUGUGAUACAAAAAUGUGUUUCCUUCAGUAUCGAAUUCAAAUAAGUCAUUAAGCAUUAUCAUAGAUUAAGUUUAAGCUUAAAAAUCACAUUAAGCUUUAAAUUACAUAUAGUCUGGAGUCAGCUAUUAAUUUAUGAUAACAUUGUGAGAAAGGUGAGAGAAAUCAAUUUUACGCUAUUACGUCGUAUAUAAUAUAUUUCAGUUGUAUGAGCUUCAUUAGACUCAUGUGUUUGUGCUUUUCUCUUAUUGAUUACUGGAUUAGGGCAAAAACAAUUAUCAUCAUAAUCUGCAUUAUCUAUUAUUUGGAUCAUUUCUUGCUUCACAAACAAAAAAUAAUCUUGCAUUACUAAUGUAUUUAAAAUAAAGUUGCAGGCUGGCCUUGAGAUGAUACAGAUGCACAUUUUAGCCAUUUUUACAGCUCAAUGAAUUGCUGGGGAUGAUUUUAAAGGUCUUAAAGCCUGUUUAGCAUCUUAUUUGUCUAACACUGCCUGUACACUCUCUCUCUCUCUCUCUCUCUCUCUCUGUCACAAACUGUUGCAUUAUGAAUUUCUCCAGGCUCAAAGAAUGACCACAAUGGCUCCUCAUAUUUAUUCAAUCUCACUGAAACUCCUUCGAUAGCCCUUUAACUCUCAUUUUAAUAUCUCAUCUGGUGCCAGCUAACAGUUUAAACUAAACCUAAACAGUUUUCUGAAAUUGGGCUUCUUGCAGAGUGGCCUGUAGGAGCUGAAACUAAAACUUGCUAUUUAUGACAGAAAACCUAGAACAAUACUGUAGUGCACAGUUAAAUCUUUAAAUUUACUCAAGAAAAAAUGAUGCAAAAUUGACCAACUUUACAAAUGCUGGCAUCAUUUAAUAUGAAGUGUUGGAAUGGGAGCACAAAGAAGCCACCUUAUCUGAACACUUAUCACUUAGACAAAAAAAAGGUAACAUUUAGACUGUUGAACAAGUUGAACAAUUUGAAUAGCUGAACAAUUUGUACUAGUUCUCACAUCAUGAGCUCCCUGUAAAGUGCAGCUCUAAAUGCUGAAUGUGUUUCAGCUGCGAUCUAAAUAUUUCAGACUUCAUUUGUCCCCCAACUGUGAUAGAUAUUUAAAAAAAAAAAAAAAACUGUCAUUAAGCAAUAUUUGGCUUGGGGAUCAACAAAUCUAAUUCACAUUUGUGUCUGUAUUGAUGUCAUAAUGUCUAUAUACAUGCUAUUUUACUUCAGAUUUUGUCCAUACACUCUAUUUCCACCAAAGAUUGGAAGUUAUUCAUAGAACAAAACAAAUAAAGUACUGCCAAAAUGGGACACUUCCUAGAAGUGAGUUGGGAUCUCAGAUUAACCCACACAAGAUAAGGCUUAGGAACUGUUUAUCUUAGCAGCCUGGAAAAGGAAAACAUAUGGGAGUGUUCACAGAAAAUGAGAGCAUAUGAGUGUAUUGGAAAUAUUGUGGAAAUAAACGAUUAAAAACUUAACAA